GGAAAUCCAACAAUCUUCAUUGAGUCGACGAUUCACGCAAGAGAAUGGAUCACAGCUGCAACGACCACGUAUCUUUUGAAUGAAUUGCUCACAUCCACGGAUUCAGAAAUGCAACAUUUAGCGAAUAAUUUUGACUGGGUCAUCGUACCAGUGACGAAUGUGGAUGGAUAUACAUUCACCCACUCUACGAAUCGAAUGUGGCGUAAAAACCGUAAAGCUUAUGGCAAAUGUAUUGGAACUGAUUUAAACAGGAAUUUUGACUAUCAUCAUGCCGAGAGUGGUGCAUCGUCGAACCCUUGCGCUGACACAUUUGCUGGCCCAAAAGCGUUUUCUGAGCCUGAAACAUUAGCUCUAUCUAAGUUCGUUAAAUCAAUUCGUAACAUAAAAUUGUAUAUUUCAUUUCACGCCUACAGUCAGCUGUUGCUUUACCCUUUUGGAAAUACCCGUCAAAAUGCGCCCAAUUACAGUCACUUGGAUGGAAUUGCAAAGUCGGCAACAGAAGCACUUUCACGUCGCUUCGGGACGAAAUACAAAUACGGAAGCAUUGCUAAUGCAAUUUAUGUUGCAUCUGGUAGUAGCAUUGAUUGGGCAUACGCAACGCAAGGAGUUAAAUUAGCGUACUGCUUUGAAUUCCGUGACACAGGAAAAUACGGAUUUCUUCUGCCAGCCGAACAAAUUAUUCCUAAUUCACUGGAAGUUAUCGACGCUUUGAAAGUCAUGAUUAAAGAAGCCAAAGCCUUGAAAUAUUUUUAAAAUUCAGAACUGCAGGAAUAAAUGCAAAGACGUGAAAAAUUUGUCAAAUAUAAUGUAUUUCAUAAAAUCGUGUCAAGCAGCUG